CACCAAGAAACUUUGGCCUAACAACACACCGCGACGUGGCGUUUUCAUGAGUCAAACUGUGGGCUCUGGUUGAGGGUAACCCUCUACCCCUUCCCUUCCUUAGUGUCACCUCAUCUAUGUUACCACGGCAAUCGAACUGAGAUUUUAGGUGUCCAAGGUUCUGGACCAGUGGUGACAACUUUCUUAAAAGAUGAACUUGGUGUCUACUUCGCCUCAUUAGAGACKAGCAAAUUAAAUCUAAAAACCAAAAAGACAUUCAUCCUUUUUAGUGUYAAUCUGGCUUAUUUGUUGUCCAUUGUGGCCAAAACGAGUAGAAUGGGAAGGUAACAUCUUCAAGCCAUACAAUAUGGCUUGAAAACCACUUUGUUGUAAAUGUUCUCCAGAACCAAAUUAUUUCAAACAUAUUUGAGUAAUAUUUCGCUAUGAAGUCAUUCUAUAGCAGAACUCUUAAGUAGAAAGCUGAUGGAGUCAUGACUUCUGCAAAUCCCAGAGCAAGCAGGCCUUUAAAGCAGAGGUUUUCACACAUGUUGGCAAGAAUCUUGCUUCAAAUUUAAAAACACUUUAUUUAUCCCAAAGGGAAAUUAAAUGUUCUUAUGAAUCCUAUCAUCCAACUAUCUUCAAAGUUUCAUUGGUGAGUCUGUAGCAACAAAUCUGAAGAGGCCUCUGACUGAAGACUCUUGCUGUACCAUAGUUUCAUGACUAUCAUGACAUACCAACAGCUSAUCAGACUGCAGGCAACAAAGAUUAUAUUCCACAGUAACAUUUCCUGAGUGAUGCCAUCKGUUAUUACCAGGCACAGCUAAUCCACCUCAUUAGCUUUGACGCUUCUCUUUAAAUCCGCAAACGCUAUCGUAUCUGGCAGUAUGGUUGGAAAGCCGGGCAGAAGAAGAUGUCAGCUUAUUCUCAGCUCUGCAAAAAACCUUUCACCAGCAUCAUCCCUGCCUCCUUCAGAUGACCUCUGUCACAUGUUCAGUUCACAGACCUCUUUCUUGUUUGCUGAUACUUGUUAUAGCUGAAGCAGACCAUGUAAUGUGUGCUGAACUGAUAAGAAAUCAGCAAAAAAGUCAAAAUACAGAGUACUUUGACCUGCCUGUACUUUUUCUUUCUCUUUGUUUGCUCUGACAUCCACACAUUUACUUUUAUCAUUUUCAAAUACUUUGGCUUUAUUUUAUGAACAUUUAACAAACGUGUCAUCUUCUUUGAGUUCUACAUACUUUAGAUCCAAAAACAUCAAUCAACCAAUAGUUGAUUAGUUGAAGUUUAAUUAUAAAACACAUCUGGGCAACAAGGCAGUUCAAAGUUACAUAAUAAAAGAACAUGCAGUCGACAAUUACAAAACCAGGGACAAACAUUACAUUUUGAUGAUUGCCAUAAUUAAAAUCAUCAGUACAUGUUGAAUAUGGCCAAUGUUCUAUUUAGUAUGGUUCAAAAGAAACUAAACAGGUGGGGCUUUAGCCUUAAAUUAAAGGAACUCAGUGUUUCAGCUGUUUUGCAGUUUUCUGGAAGUUUGCUCCAGAUUGGUGGUGCAUAAGCUGAUUGCUGCUUCUCCAUAUUUGGYUCUGGUUCUGAGAAUGCACAGACUUUUCUAAAAUAUUUACACAAAUAACAGGUCUGGAAUGUAUGGUAAACCCCAAAAUUAUUCGAAAGCCUGAUGGAUUUAGAUUUAAGAUUUUAUUAUUUAUUUAACCAAGAUGAGAUUCUUGGUUCYUCCUGGCUGUUUCUUUCCCAGCCAGGAAAUGAGAAAUGACCAUCUGUCAUGAUUUUUUUUUAUUAAAUAAAUUUUUUAAAAUAUUCUGUAAAACAAAAUAAAAAUGUCAAAAGCUACUUUUAUCUUUCUCAAAAGUCAAUCACUUAAUCUUUAUUGGCUUACCGGCAUUCAGACCCUGCUUACAACAGCAUAGGGGCAUUUUGAGGAUUUAUCCAAAGGGAUUAGCUUUAAGGUUAGAAAACCUUCUUGCCAUAACCUUAAUCUUUUGCUUCCCCUGCAGAUUCUGUCAGAUUUGAGUUGAAGCAAAAAUUACUUCUAGUCAUAAGAAAUGCAUACAUAAAUUCAAAUACUUCUUAAAAUCCUAAUAUUCCAGCAGUAUGAGACAUUUUGUGCCUAACUGCAUAGUGUGUCAUUGUUCUUGCCAAGUCACUUCUAUUCCUGCCACCACUAAAACUCUGAGAGCGGAUGAACCCGAACCCUGAUCCAGAUGAUCCUCCGGCUGGUACCUGAGCCCAGUAAUCUCCUCCGGCUAAUUCUCUCUUUACUUCCGUCUGUAUUCCAUGACUCUCCACUUCUCUUCUCAAAGUAACAGUGAAUCAGAGCUGCUGACAAAUGGUCAGGUCUUCAAAUAGUUGAACCAAUUCUCCUGGAUCCUCCCCUGUAAACGGUUCAAAACUCAUUUCUUUUCUCUUUUUAUUUGGGCCUGGGUUUUUUAAAACUGAAAUUGUUGAAACAUUUCAUGCUGAUCUCUGCUUUAAAGGUCUCUUAGAGAUUGCUAGAGAUUUUUUGUAUUAUCAUUUUUAUUAUUACUUUAGGUCAUUAUUCAGUCUAAUGUUAAUGUGACGUGCUGUACUAAAACGUUUUGAUUGCUGUGUUGAAUAUCUGUGUUCCUGAGAACUGAUUGUYCCCUCCACCCUUGGGAGAAAUCGCUCUCAAGGGGAAGGGCUGGAUGACCUGUGUGUUAGAUGGAGCCUGCCAUCUGUUUUUGUUUURUCUUUUCUUACUCUUGUUUUCCCAAAUAAAAGGUCUGCUCCAGCAGAGAGGGCAGAACGCUCCGUGAACAGCUCAGAGGAGCAGUUGCUGAGUCUUMUCCUUUUGCAAAAGUUCGGCCAUAAAAUUCAUAUACGUUGUCUGUGGUUCUUUUAUGUAGGUACUCGAAAAAUACCUAUCAGUCUCAAUGUGGCUUAUUGUGUAACUGAGCUAGGACUUUAGUCAACAGAUGAUUUACACGAGGUGAAGUAGAUCUAGGUCUGCCUCACUUUCUGUUCUGAUAUGUUGAGUCAGCUAAAUCGGAUUGAAGAGCUGAAAUCAACAAUAUGAAUAGAAAUAAUGCAUGAAGACAGUCAAUACCCUGCUGAUUAUGGAUCAGCAGGGCAAGUACUUUGUCCCGUAUGCAUGGACAUGUUUAACUGGCACAGAGUUAAACUGCUAUGUUGUGCAGGUUCUCUGUUAAUUCCAUAUGUUGCACAGCGGGACUGUAGUAGUAGUAGUAGUAGUAGUGCUGAUGAGGACUAAUCAGAUGAAGGUUUUACCAGCAAUAUUCGCCUUAUCUGUAGUGUCACCAUGAGCUUGUUGGAAAGUACAGACACCUUGGAGUGAUGGAGCUAAAGCUGGUUAGUCCAACAUUGUUUUAGCUGACUUUAGUCUUUUAGAAUGACUGUUCAUUUCCAUAUCAAGGGGACAUAACAUCCAAUGUGGAGAUCCACUAUCUAAACCUGCGGGCUUUGACUUUGUCUGAUCAGCUGCGACUCAGCAACCCACUGUCUCUGUCAAGGACUGAGUAAACUUAGAUUUCAGGCUGUCAGUUUUUCACAGGGUGAUGGCUAAUAUGCUGCUUCACACACACCUUCAGUGUGCGUUACUUAGGCAUGCUGAACAGCAUAGCUUAAAGAAGCCAACCGAACCACAUCAUUGGUAAAAAGUAGGGUUAGUCCCUGAGGUUCCACACUACCUUGAGAAAUUGUUGAUGCAGAACAGUAGUAUGACUGGGAACAUAGGUGUCCAAUCUCCACUGGUGAAGAGUUUGACAUAGCAUCAGGAAUCUGGUCCUAAAAGGUCUCACUGGUACCUCAAGUGACACGGUGCUCAUGGUCCURAGCUUUCUCUGACGCCACAAAACACCUGUUGACCAUACAGCUAAAGUUCCCUCAACUCUGAGGGUAAAGAUCUGGUCCACUGUUGUGUGAGACAAAAGCUGUAUUGCUUCUGAAUUUGRCGUAUGGCAAUGAGUGUAAAUCUCCUCUUCAACCCCUACAGGAAGCUUUUCCAUAGAGGCAGAGAAGCGUGACCACUUAGUAGUUGGAACACCCUAACCAAUCUCCUUAAAAAAAAAAAAAGAGCGCAGAUUAAUUCUGUUCAUUUUCCACCAGUCCAUUGCACUUCUUCCAUGUCCCAGUUGGAAACCUUGGAUCCUAUCAUUUAUGUUGAUGUUGUCCAGUGCUAUUGGUCCAAUGGGAAUUGCAAUGGUUUCUUUUAUCAGGAUCGUUGUCCCUGCCUUGAUAUCCAAGAGAGACUGGGUUAUUCAGUACCAUCUAUUCAUUUUUCUAUCCGAUUCUCUUCCAAUGGAAAAUAUUCCAGCUUUUCCUCCUCAUUGGAAGCUUUAGCGCUCAUAUCUGUUAAUGGUUCUGUAAUUAGUUCCUCAGUGACUCUCUGUAUAAAGCUUUGCUUUUGUUUUCCUUCACAUGAUCUACUGUCAUUUCUUUCACAUUCCGUGUAAGUGAAUCUAAUUUGUGUUCCUGGUAAUUCAGUUAGGGGGGCAUGUGAUUGGUGCUGCUGUGGGUUCUCAUUCUUCUACAGAUGAAUGUGUGCCACCAGGCUGUUCUGGAGUAAAUCUGUACUGUCCUGAGACUUCAUGCUUAAAAUACCAGAAAAAAGAGCUAAUAAUGUUCCUUGAGUGAUUUAGUCUAGUCACGUUCCAGAUGACUGUGUGCUGUCACUCUGCGCCACUCAGAGGAGAAAGACCGUGGGAUGACUGAAGGUCCAACGGAGAGGACCGGUGGUGACAGACAGUUGUUCCGUGGAGAUCCUUCGGACUGACUGGAACAGGGUCCAUGUGGGAUGUAGGUGGUUUUGUCCAAUGGGCAGCAGCAGCAGUAGCAGGUUGUUUGGGUCGAUGGCCCAGGCAUUGAGCAGUUCCUCUCUGGCCCAGCCUGACCCGGACCCGGAUCAGGACCAGGACCUAGUGGAGGUAGAGCCGGAGCAGUUGCUGAGAGAGUGUGAGGAGGCGCUGCGGCGGCGCCCGGCCCGGCCUCAGCGGGACYUGGUCCGACCCAAGCUGCUGGCGCCCUGCARCCACCAGCAUAACCCGUCCAUACGGGUCCUGCAAUGGAACAUCCUGGCCCAAGCUCUCGGUGAGGGGAAGGACAGCUUCAUCCGCUGCCCCCUAGAGGCUCUCAGCUGGCAUGAGAGGAAGUACCAGAUCCUGGAGGAGAUCCUCACCUACCGACCCGACAUCGUGUGUCUGCAGGAAGUCGACCACUACUGUGACACUUUCCAGCCCGUUAUGGCCCGCCUCGGUUACCAUGGCAACUUCCUACCCAAACCCUGGUCUCCCUGUCUGGAUGUGGAGCACAACAAUGGCCCUGACGGCUGUGCGUUGUUCUACCGCCGCUCGCGCUUCCACCUGCACUCCACAGCCCACCUGCGGCUGUCAGCCAUGAUGCUGCCCACCAACCAGGUGGCCAUCGCCCAGACGCUGCGCUGCCUGGCCACGGGCCGCCAGCUGUGUGUGGCCGUCACACACCUGAAGGCCCGCAACGGCUGGGAGAGGCUGCGGAGCGCGCAAGGCGCCGACCUGCUGCAGAGCCUGCAGGGCAUCACGGCCCCUGGCUCGGGGGCCGGGCCGGGGCAAGUCCCUCUGGUUGUGUGCGGGGACUUCAACGCCGAGCCUUCGGAGGACGUCUACAGGCGCUUUAGCUCCUCCCCUCUGGGCCUGAGCUCCGCCUACAAGCUGCUGAGCGCUGACGGGCAGACAGAGCCGGCGUACACCAGCUGGAAGAUCCRCCCAUCUGGAGAGAGCUGCAGCACUCUGGACUACAUCUGGUACAGCGAGCGCGCCCUGAGGGUGGAGGCGCUGCUGGACAUCCCCACAGAGCAGCAGAUCGGACCCGAUCGCCUGCCCUCAUACCACUACCCCUCAGACCACCUGGCCCUGCUCUGUGACAUCAGCUUCAGGGAGGAGCCUCACAGGCUGUUUUAGGCAGCCAAUCACAGCUCCAGCUGUGACUGGCUGCCUAGACAAGACAGCCACAUCAAAGGAACCUGACCUUUGACCUGAUGCUGAGCUUGUCUUAAACCUUCCUGUUUGUGUGAAGCUGGCUGCUGUGAAAUCCCUUCUGCUGGAACUCUGAUGGUGAGACUGAACAGCCCCCCCGGGGGGGUGGGGGGGGUCUCUCUUGGGGAUUUCUGGCUCUAUGAGGACCUGAGGGUUUCAUUUAACGACAUUUGAUCACUGCAGUUAUUUAUAAACAGCCUGACUGUCUUAAAUUAUUCCUUACAUAUAGUGUUGUGGGUUUCAUGAUUACUAAUAAAGUGAUUGUUUUUACUCUGAA